UAUGUAUGUCGUCGUGCUAAAGGCUCUUUAGUCUUUACAGGUAAAAUCGCGGCAAAGUCCAGCAUCGAGACGAGAAGAUCGGUAGAGUGACCCAAUCCAAGUUCCCUCAAACCACAAAGCUCUCUUGGGAAUCCCCAAAGGUUGCUCCUUUCAAUCCCUCAAAUGAUUCGAAAGCUCUGUUCUUCUUCUUUCACUCGCUCCAUCAUCUUCCCCAACAAACCCAUCUUCAUCUCCCGGUCUAUCCCCAAACCACUCCGUCACUCUUCUGCUCUCUCUUACUCCUCCUUGAAAAUGACCGACACCCAAAUCCCCGACAACCCUAAUUCCUCCCCAGUUCAAUCUCCCACCAAACCCGAAUCGCUUCGUUCCCUCGAAUUUCAGUUGGGCUCUUCAUUCUCCGUCGAUCCAAUCAUCCCACCGCCGAAUCAGAUCAUUAUCGUUGUCAGUGGUCCCAGCGGAGUUGGCAAAGACGCAGUGAUCAACAAGCUUCGCGAGGUUCGUGAAGGUCUGCAUUUCGUCGUCACCGCCACUAGCCGUCCGAUGCGACCUGGUGAAGUCGACGGCAAAGACUAUUUCUUUGUCUCCAGGGAUCACUUCUUAUCAAUGGUGGAGAACGAAGAGCUUCUUGAAUACGCACUUGUCUAUGGGGAAUACAAAGGGAUUCCGAAGAAGCAGAUUCAGGAACACAUGGCUAAAGGGGAAGACAUUGUUCUUAGAGUUGAUAUCCAAGGAGCUCAGACGUUAAGGAGGAUACUUGGUAACUCCGCUGUGUUUAUAUUCCUUGUGGCGGAGAGUGAGCUUGCGAUGGUGGAGAGGUUGAUUGAUCGGAAGACGGAGAGUCAAGAGGAGCUGCUUGUUAGAGUUGCUACGGCGAGAGAAGAGGUUAGGCAUCUUAACAACUUUGAUUACGUUGUGGUGAAUGCCAAAGGGAGGCUUCAUGAUGCGGUCAAUCGUGUGGAAUCUAUUAUUGAUGCUGAGAAAUCUAAAGUUCAUCAAAGGAUUGUCAGGAUUUGAUUUGCAGCUGCCACUGUCUUGUAUUUCUCCAGACACAUUUACAGUUUCAUCACGGACCAAGACAAUCUUGGUAUUGAGAAUGUGCAGCAAGCCGUUUUAAACAAAAAACUGAGGUGAACCCUCCUCCCUGUCAACCACAGAGAAUCCUUUUUGGAUUAAUCAUAUAUCUUCAUACUUAACUACAUGGGGUUAUGCUAUUAUCAUACUCACAAGUUGAUGAACCCGGUGUUACUUAAUGUGUUUAUAAAGGCAUUGCUUAUAAUUUAGUUAACAUCAAUCAACUUUACAAGAUGGCUGGUGGCGGCUGAGUUCCAAGAAUUUCGGAACAUGUUUAUCGUUAUACAAUAGAUAGAAACGAGACUAGCCUUUGACGAUGAACCGAAUAUAAAGCUUGACAUAGGAAGAGCUAUGCUGGAAUCCGGACUUCCAAGUCAACCACACCACCAUAAACCACAACCAAGCGCCUCUCACAUGGGAAUAUUCAAUUAGAAUAAUAGAAUUUUGUUUAUAUAAUAAUUCUAGUGGCGUACAUAACUCUUGAUCUCCAACAAUAUCAUUCCUUUUGUGUGAACAGAAGAAAUUAUUGAUUUGGAUAUGCACAUAUACUA